AUGGCGUCCCUACUGACAGUGCGUAUCGAUAAGGGCAAUUCGCCCAAUUUGGGCUUCAGGCUGCAGGGAGGCAAGGACUUCGGCACCCCGUUGGUGAUUCAAAAAGUAAAUGGAGGCUCUCCAGCCGAAAGAGCGGGCCUCAUCGCAGGCGAUUCGGUUGUAAAAAUCAACAACGUAGACGUGUACAAUCUCAGGCACAAAGAUGCACAGGAUGUUGUGGUUAGAGCUGGACCGUCCUUUGAAUUGACUAUACAGAGAGGUGGUUCUACUUGGAAGCCAUCAGUUACACCCACGGGCCCGAUAUAUUCGCCUGGUAGUAACAUUAACAAUGUCAAUCCAGUAACAAGGACUUCUUUGGCUGCGAAGCAUACUGAUAAUUUCGGAAGCGUCGGAACAGGACACAAUCUCUCCGCUAAACCGUUUGCUCCUCAAGUAAACGGUGCAGUAAACGGUGGACCAAAAGUCGUCAACAAGCAGUACAACAGCCCGUUGAAACUGUACUCCGAGGAAAGUAUAGCUGAAACGCUCUCGGCUCAAACGGAGGUUCUUUCUACGGGAGCUUUAGGAGUGAAUUUCAAGAAAAACGAAAGGAACUACGACGCUUCUAACAGCGAAGUACUACGGGCACUUAAGGAAGCUGAAAACGAACCAAAUUAUCAGGACCAAGUUAUUCGGUCAGAUUUUUAUUCGACUCAAAGCCACGCGAUCGGUGGUCGGAAAUCCACCACCCCCAAACCGAACCCGAUCGAACAAACACGAACGAUCGCUGUCGAUACAUCCGAGCAAGGAGUAACCCCUAAGCCCCCGCCGGAGGGUGCGACAAUUUGCUCCGAUUGCGAACGCGUCAUAGUAGGUGUUUUCGUAAGGAUAAAGGAGAAAAAUCUGCACGUGGAAUGCUUCAAAUGCUCAACUUGUGGUAGUUCAUUGAAAAACGUUGGGUACUACAACAUCAACAACAAGCUCUACUGCGACGUUCACGCGAAAAGUGCUGCCCUCAAGAACCAGCCUAACUCUAAUUUGGUACCAAUAACAGUUCCUCCAGGUGGCAAGGCUCCAGCUCACGCGAUUUCCUCAGCCUUAUCCAGUCAUUCUUAUCCGACUCCGUCACCGCUAUCGCCGAAAAUUAACUCAGCUGGUCCAACAUAUCCGGCUGAGGAAACUAAAGAGAAUGUUGAUGUGCUGUCUUCAUUGCCAAUUUUAGCAAAAUCUAACACUAGCAAUAAUAAUUUAUAUAGUAGUUCUGCGCCUCUAUCGUUCAACAAUUACAUCAACAAGGCAUCGAAUUUUUCGGCACCGAAACCCUUUUCACACAUCGGGGCGCCGCUUUCCCCGCAGAACACUUUGCCUAGGACGGGCCCUCUGUCGCCGGUGGCUCCGGCACCAGCGCCUUCUUUCAAUCAUUCGUACACCCCUUCGGCGUACAGCCCAUCAUCAGAGCAUGAAAACGAGUUGUGUCACGCUAAGGAAAGCGAAAACCUUGUUGAAUUGGACGAAAUUAGCUUGCAGAUUCCGAAUCAGCCACCGCCACCGCCUCCGGUGCCCGUGUAUAGUCAAAUAAACGUGUCGAUUCCAUGUCAAAGAACCUCGCCCCAGUUAGAUUCGAUAGGCUCCAGUCCUCGAUCGGAUUACUCAUCUUACUCCUCGUCCAGCGGCAAAACGACCCAAUUGUCCGAAACUAUCAAGGAAACCAGAGAAAAGAUACUAAAUGAAAUAAAGAAUCUAACCCCCAAGCUGAAGAGCGUCCACUUAUCAGACACGCAGAGCCCCAAAUUGAGUCACGUCAUCAGUAACACGGAGAAAAACUUCAACAAAAUCAGAAACGAUCCUUCCGAAAACAUUAUACCCAUUUAUUACGCGGACUCUCCCCAGAAACUCGAUUUACCCGAUCAUUUAACCUACGCUAGCGACGAUGGCUUCAAACCCGAUCAUAAUAGAUUCAAUAUUUCCACCAAAAUUCUGUCCGAUCGUAUUCAUUCGGAUUACCGCGAUUCCUCGGACAAACCGGAGGAUCGAUCGAUGCAUAAGGUGGCUGACGGAAACGGAAUCACUAGAAUAACCAUUCGCAAUUGCGUUACAACAGACGCAGCUGAUUACAAGCCCAGUACCACCGGUACUGCCCCGGUUUGUUGGAAAUGUAACACUGAAAUAGUUAGGGGACCUUUCAUAACGGCUCUGGGGAAAAUCUGGUGUCCCAGCCACUUUAUCUGCGCCACUCAGUCGUGCAGGAGGCCCCUUCAAGACGUCGGGUUCGUCGAGGAGCACGGUCAGCUGUACUGCGAGUACUGCUUCGAGCAGUACCUUGCGCCGGCUUGUUCCAAGUGCGGAGGAAAAAUCAAAGGGGAUUGCCUGAAGGCCAUUGGUAAAAACUUCCACCCGGAAUGCUUCAGUUGCUCGUAUUGUGGAAAACUCUUUGGGAAUUCUUCGUUCUUUUUGGAAGAUGGCAGUCCGUACUGCGAAGCUGAUUGGAACGAGCUGUUUACAACGAAAUGCUUCGCUUGUGCAUUCCCUAUUGAGGCUGGAGACCGUUGGGUAGAAGCUCUUAACAACAAUUAUCACAGUCAGUGCUUCAAUUGCACUAUGUGCAAGAAAAAUUUGGAAGGGCAGAGCUUCUUCGCCAAGGGAGGACGUCCGUUCUGCAAGAAUCAUGCUCGCUAA